GAUCGCGGCGGCGUUCGAGCGGGUGGAGAACGAGUGCGGGAGCGUGGACCUGCUCGUCAACAAUGCGGCGAUGUUGCCCAGCGGGCAUAUCACCGAGGCCACCCUAAACAGUAACCCGCUACAAAAUGCACAAGUCCAGCAAAUGAUAGACGUGAACAUCACCGGCUACGUACUGUGCUCACGCCACGCCGUCGCCUCUAUGACGAAACGGGGAGUGGAAGGUCACAUCAUUCAUAUCAACAGCGUAGCAGGGCACUAUGUACCAUCCAUAGCCGUAGCCAACUUGUACCCCAUGACCAAGCACGCUAUCACCGCCUUCAGCACCGCGCUGAACGACGAACUGGCUCACGCAAAGACCCGGAUUAAGACCACAAGUCUCUCCCCUGGCCUGGUGGACACAGAAAUGGCUCGCCUAGUGAGAAAGGACGUCGACCCCAUAGCCGACCAGGCGUACUCCGCCACGCCCAAACUGCGCACAAAAGACGUCGUCGACGCCUUAAUUUAUGCUGUGUCUUCGCCUCCCAACGUCAAUAUAUUGGAGUUGACUAUCAGCGCUCUCAAUGAGAUAAGGUACUAAACAAAAAAACGAAGAACAAUGAAAUGGCGGCUG